ACUUUUUUGAAGCCUAGAAAUUCCACAUGGCUGAGAAAAGCUGAUCUUCUAUUUGUGGAUAAUCCUGUUGGGACUGGAUAUAGUUUUGUCGAGCAGGAUGACAAGAAUCUGUUUGUUAAAACUGAUGUUGAAGCUGCAAAUGAUUUAACUACAUUGUUGAUAGAAAUCUUUAAUAGAAAUGAGAGUCUUCAAAAGAGUCCACUUUAUUUAGUGGCAGAGUCUUAUGGAGGAAAAUUUGCUGUCACUCUUGGAUUAUCAGCACUAGAGGCUAUGGAGGCAGGAAAAUUGAAGCUCAAUUUUGGAGGAAUUGCAUUGGGGGACACUUGGAUUUCUCCAGAAGAUUUUGUGUUCUCAUGGGGUCCUCUUCUUAAAGAUGUCUCAAGGCUUGACAACGAUGGUGCACAGAAGUCUAACAGUCUAGCGCAGCAAAUUAAGCAACAACUUGAUACCGGUAAGUUCGUAGAGGCAACAGAAACUUGGAGCGAACUCGAGAACGUUAUUAGUUCCAGCAGCAACUCAGUGGAUUUCUACAAUUUUCUGUUGGAUUCAGGGAUGGAUCCUGUAUCUUUGACUGCUUCUGAACUAAAACGGGGAAUUUCGAAAAAGCGUUACUCGAGAUACUUGAACUCUUUAAGGCCAAGUCCUGGUGGUGACGGGAAUAUUGAUAGCCUAAUGAAUGGUCCUAUUAAAAAGAAGCUAAAAAUUAUCCCAGACGGUGUCCAAUGGGGAGGGCAAUCAGAUCUUGUUUUCUCUGCACUUGAAGGAGAUUUCAUGAGGCCGAGGAUCAAUGAGGUGGAUGAAUUGCUUUCAAAAGGAGUCAAUAUCACAUUGUACAGUGGUCAACUGGAUGUGAUCUGCUCAACCAAGGGAACUGAAGCGUGGCUCGAAAAGCUCAAAUGGGAUGGACUGAAAACAUUCUUGAGCAUGGACAGAACACCAUUGUAUUGUGAGGAUGAAAAAAUAACGAAGGGUUUCAAAAAAUCAUACAGGAAUUUACAUUUUUAUUGGAUUCUUGGAGCUGGCCACUUCGUACCCGUUGAUCAGCCAUGUGUGGCACUCGACAUGGUGAGCAGGAUCACACGGUCUCCAGCUGCUUCAAUUUAGAGAGAACCAAGUAAAACCAUUGAUGGAUCAGUUUAUACACACUGAAUUGAGGUUUAAAAAUUAUACAUUCAAAUUGGAAGUGGCUAAAGAUGGUGCAGAGGGAAAGGCUGUUAAAAUCAAGCUAAUAAUAGUCGAGAUUCAUUUACAAGAUUUUACCCAUUAAAGAAAAGCUAAGAAAUAAGAAAUUGUCGAUUUGUAUGAAAAGCUGCGGACAGCAUGUUAUAGUGAGAAAUUGUUUGGAAUAAAUUAGUUUAUAAAUGUUGAUCUUUUUCCCAGGAGAAAUAUCAAUAUUAUUUCUUGUUAAAGCAUUUA